AUGAAAGACUAUCAUAUUUCUGGAAUUGAAUUUCCAACUGAUGGUGAAACAGCUAAACAACAUAAUCUUGUUGUUGAUAUGGAUAAAUCCUCAAUCUACACUCUUACGAAAGAUUCAUCGUCGCACGUAAAAAAACAGAACACGACUAUGGCAAAAGUGUGGAGAGAACAUCGUAUGCUGAUUAUCAUAGUGCUUGUACUUAUACUCAUCCUUAUAAUUGUUGUACUACUUGCACUAAUUGCUUCCCGCGUAGUUGGACCAGAGGGAAAUCAUCUGGAAGCGAAAGGAAACAUCAGAAUGAGCAUAGCAGAGGGACAUUUUCGAGGCAUGAAGGAGUUACUCUCCACAAUGGAGCCAGAAACGGAUGCAAAUGAUGUUAAGGAACUGAAACAAAGAACACAUAUGUUAUGUGCAAGAUUCCUUGGUGGCGCAUGGAAAACUGUGCCAUUGGAUCAACUUCGAAUAAGCAGAAUAAAAGGAGGAAUGAGUAACAUGCUUUUUCUUUGUCGACUUUCCGAAUCACAUCGUCCAAUACGAAAUGAGCCGGACAAGGUUUUAUUGCGAGUGUACUUCAAUCCCGAAACUGAAAGCCAUUUGGUAGCCGAAUCGGUCAUAUUUACUCUUCUCUCAGAACGACAUCUGGGACCGAAACUUUAUGGGAUUUUUAGUGGUGGCAGACUUGAAGAGUACAUUCCAUCAAGGCCAUUAACAUGUCGAGAAAUCGCCCUACCAACUAUGUCAUCAAAAAUUGCAAAGCGAUUAUCGAAAGUUCAUCAAUUGGAGGUCCCAAUAUGGAAAGAACCCGACUAUAUUUGUGAUGCUCUACAACGAUGGCUCUGUCAGCUCAUGAACACGCCGACUGGUCAAAAUUCCUUCAUGCUUCCUAGUCGGUAUUCGGAAUGGGCACCGGCACAACUAACAUGUGAACAUAUAGCACGAGAACUGGAUUAUUUGCGAACGAUGAUAAGCAAGAGCAAAAGUCCGGUCACAUUUUGUCACAACGAUCUCCAGGAAGGAAAUAUUUUACUUCCAAAAGCUUCGUCUGGUAAUAUUCGGCUUCCAUCGUUAAGCGACGAAGCGCCAGGCGGGCUUAGUCUUGCCGCUUUCAAUCCGGCUGAUCCUAGAUUAGUGUUGAUAGAUUUUGAAUACGCUAGCUAUAAUUACAGAGGCUUUGACUUUGCAAAUCAUUUUGUUGAGUAUUCGAUAGAUUAUGAUGUCAUUGAACAUCCUUAUUACACAAUAAAUCCGGAAAACUUCCCUGAAAAUGAACAGUUGGUAGAGUUUUUCGUCAAUUAUUUGCGAGAGUUCGGAGGAACUCCGGAAUGUCAACUUUAUCGAAAGGCAGAAGAACUUGUUAAAGAGACGCUUCCGUUCGUCCCUGUUUCACAUUUCUUCUGGGGAGUGUGGGGUCUGCUACAGGUGGAGUUGUCGCCAGUUGGAUUUGGAUUUGCGGAAUAUGGGCGUGAUAGAAUCGGUCUGUAUUUUCAACAUCGUCACCUGCUGGAUUUGUUUAAUAGCGACCAAAAUGUACAGUAA